UUUGUGGAGCGGGCAGGGCAGUUGGGAGCGGAGUCUGUGUGUGGUGACGGGAGCAGGGCUCAUUUACUGGAGUAGCUGUAAUACCUUUUGGAGUCAUUCUGUUUUAGCCAUGGCUUCUUCUGACAUUCAGGUGAAAGAACUAGAAAAACGUGCUUCAGGUCAGGCAUUUGAAUUGAUACUUGGUCCUCCUUCAAAAGAAGCCGUUCCAGAGUUUCCUCUCUCUCCUCCAAAGAAAAAAGAUCUCUCAUUGGAAGAAAUUCAGAGGAAAUUAGAAGCUGCAGAAGAAAGGCGCAAGUCCCAUGAAGCUGAAGUUUUGAAGCAACUAGCUGAAAAGAGAGAGCAUGAAAAAGAGGUGCUGCAGAAGGCGAUUGAAGAAAAUAACAACUUCAGCAAAAUGGCAGAGGAAAAGUUGACUCACAAAAUGGAAGCUAACAAAGAGAACAGAGAAGCACAAAUGGCUGCUAAACUGGAACGCUUGAGAGAGAAAGAUAAGCAUAUUGAAGAAGUACGAAAGAACAAAGAAGGAGGCAAAGAACCUGGUGAGAAUGAGAGCGACUGACUUCAUUCUGGAAACUGACAUUCUCCCCUUUGUCUAAAUAUCCAAAGACUGUAUUGGCCAGUGUUUUUUUGUUAAGUUUCUAGAAACUGAUGUAGAGCUGUAUAGUUAGAUCUGACUGUACACUUGAUUUGGGGAAUUAGAGGGGAGCCCUUUCCUGUUCACUCUUUUUCUAAACUGUUGUCUUUCCAGUGUCGCUAUCUUGUUGCAUUUCUUCUAUUCCAGUGCAUUUGUUCCUGGAUUGAUGGCUAGUGCUGUGUUCAGCUCUGACAUUUUUGUGAACAAAAUAUGUAGUGUAAUGUUCAUGCUGAAACUGUUACACUUCAGAAUCUGUCAGUCUUAAGAUAUUACUGUAACCAAGUGAUUUAAUAAAGCUGCACAAUGCUGUUAUCACAGGUGAGUGGUUUUGGAACUAGCAUUACUACAUAAGCAGUUCAAGCAUAUUUAUAGCUAGAAUAUUGGAAUGCAAUAUUGAAAUGCCUACAGAUUCCUAAAUACAGUGGCAUGAUCUUCCUCAGUACUGUUUUCUGUGCAGUUGCCUAUUGUUCUAGAUUUACAAUAAGAGCUUUGUCUUGUACUUCAGCAGUUGUCAGCUGCUAUUUGUUCAGACAACCCAGAACCACCUCCCUUCUUGACUAUGCUAGUACUUUCAGUAAAUAAUUCCUUGUUAACAUAAGACUGAAUUUGAAGGCAUUAAGUCUCUUAAAAUUUAGGGUAUCUUCAGAACUAAGUAUAGAAAUGAAAACAGCUUUCCUUAAACAGCACAUAAAAAGGGAACUCUAUCUUGUAAAAAGAGUAAAAAUCAUUGCACUCGUAGGUUCAAAGCUUAUUAGGUCAGAACAUUUGAGAAGAAAUUAUUAGCUCAGAACAUUUAUUCUGUAAAAGUUCUCCUGCUUUUACAAUUUGAUCCUAGAGAUAUUUUUCAAGUAAGGUUAAGCUUUGCUCCUUAUCUGAAUAUAUGCCAUCAAAAAUGUUUGAUGUAUGUUGGAUGGGAUGACGACAAAAGCCUGGUAUACUAUCUAUUUAAUUUGUAUCAUUGUUGUAGAAUGGAUAUGGCAGUUAAAAGCGCCCCCGUGUGGCAAUAGUAUUGGUAACUAUAUAGUCAAGAAUGGCAUGUUGUAUACUGGAUUAUGUUGGAAAUGAAAGUAUACGUUUAAGACUUAAGCUUAAGGAACCCAGUGUGGCAGAUGGUUACUGCAAUUAAAAUACUUUUAAACAUUCCUCAAGCUUUUAAAAGUGGUUUUUCAUCAGUUACAAUAAAGAGAAUUGAUUGGGUUAACUAGAAUUGUGUUUGUAGCCAGCUUACCUUGAUAUGAGGAACAUUUAUCUGAUACUCCAUCUCCAAGCCUUUGGAUGUUUUAAUUAAAAUAUAUGACUGGUGCCAGGUGGUUCUCUCUGUAAUUUUUAAUAGUUUAAACGUGAAACUGCUUCUGUGCAUGCCUGUGUUCAGAUAUAUGUGCUUGAUCUCCUUGCUCAUUUCAUCAAAAUAAUAAAAUUUAUAAUUACCAUAUCUCUGUAUCUUAGACUUAGUCAGUCAUCAAUAAAUAGACUUACUCAAA